CCCAGCUCGCCGCGGAGACCGGCGCGAGCGGCUACCGGAGCCGGCCGCAGUCCUCACUGCUGGUACAACCGGCCGUCCUCCCCGCCCCGAGUCCCGAGCUCGGCCACCCGGCGGCUGGAGACAGCGGCUGACUGCCUUCAUUCCGUGCACACGGGCUGGGCACCUCUGGGCUGGGUCUGCCACCGGGGACUGGGGAUGGGGAAGUAGCUGCCGGACCCCACACUGAGAUAAAUGGUUCCGGAAUCAUUUCGGGAUGCUCGAUUCACCCUUGAAGUAAUGUGGACAGAAGUUCUCAAAGUUUCAAAUUAUAUCAGCUGUACCCUGAAGUGUAUACUAAAGUUCGCUUAAAUUGGAACUUUAAAAAAAAAAAAGAGAAUGGGAGUCUGGUUAAAUAAAGAUGACUACAUCAGAAACUUAAAAGGGAUUAGUUUCUGUCUUCUGAUAGUGUAUAUGGCCGUUUUAGUAGGUACUGAUCAGGAUUUUUACAGUUUACUUGGAGUGUCCAAAACUGCAAGCAGUAGAGAAAUAAGACAAGCUUUUAAAAAAUUAGCAUUAAAGCUACAUCCUGAUAAAAACCCGAAUAACCCAAAUGCACAUGGCGAUUUUUUAAAAAUAAAUAGAGCAUAUGAAGUACUUAAAGAUGAAGAUCUACGGAAAAAGUAUGACAAAUAUGGAGAGAAAGGACUCGAAGAUAAUCAGGGAGGACAGUAUGAAAGCUGGAACUAUUAUCGUUAUGAUUUUGGUAUUUAUGAUGAUGAUCCUGAAAUCAUAACACUGGAAAGAAGAGAAUUUGAUGCUGCUGUUAAUUCUGGAGAACUGUGGUUUGUAAACUUUUACUCCCCAGGAUGUUCACAUUGCCAUGAUUUAGCUCCUACUUGGAGAGACUUUGCUAAAGAAGUGGAUGGAUUACUUCGAAUUGGAGCUGUUAACUGUGGAGAUGAUAGAAUGCUUUGCCGAAUGAAAGGAGUCAACAGUUAUCCCAGCCUCUUCAUUUUUAGGUCUGGAAUGGCUGCAGUGAAAUACCAUGGAGACAGAUCAAAGGAAAGUUUAGUGAGCUUUGCCAUGAAGCAUGUUAGAAGCACAGUGACAGAACUAUCAACAGGAAAUUUUGUUAACUCCAUACAAACUGCUUUUGCUGCUGGCAUUGGCUGGCUGAUCACUUUUUGUUCCAAAGGAGGAGAUUGUUUGACUUCACAGACACGACUCAGGCUUAGUGGCAUGUUGGAUGGUCUAGUUAAUGUAGGAUGGAUGGACUGUGCAACCCAGGACAACCUUUGUAAAAGUUUAGAUAUUACAGCAAGUACUACUGCAUAUUUUCCUCCUGGAGCCACUUUAAAUAACAAGGAAAACAAUAGCAUUUUGUUUCUUAAUUCAUUGGAUGCUAAAGAAAUAUAUAUGGAAAUAAUACACAACCUGCCAGAUUUUGAGCAACUUUCAGCAAAUACACUAGAGAGUCGUUUAGCACAUCAUCGCUGGCUCUUAUUUUUUGAUUUUGGAAAAAGUGAAAACUCAAAUGAUCCUGAGUUGAAAAAACUGAAAACACUACUGAAAAAUGAUCACAUUCAGGUUGGAAGGUUUGACUGCUCCUCUACACCAGACAUCUGUAGUAACCUCUAUGUUUUUCAGCCAUGUCUAGCAGUAUUUAAGGGGCAAGGAACGAAAGAAUAUGAAAUUCAUCAUGGAAAGAAGAUUCUAUAUGAUAUUCUUGCAUUUGCCAAAGAAAGUGUGAAUUCUCAUGUUACUACACUUGGACCUCAGAAUUUUCCUGCCAGUGACAAAGAACCAUGGCUUGUUGACUUUUUUGCCCCUUGGUGUCCACCAUGUCGAGCUUUGCUACCAGAGUUACGAAAAGCAUCAACACUUCUUUAUGGUCAACUUAAAUUUGGUACACUUGACUGUACCAUUCAUGAAGGACUCUGUAACAUGUAUAACAUCCAAGCCUAUCCCACAACAGUGGUAUUCAAUCAAUCCAGUAUUCAUGAGUAUGAAGGACAUCACUCUGCUGAACAAAUAUUGGAAUUCAUAGAGGACCUUAGAAAUCCUUCAGUGAUCUCUCUUACACCUACUACUUUCAGUGAAUUAGUUAAACACAGAAAGCAUGACGAAGUCUGGAUGGUUGAUUUCUAUUCUCCAUGGUGUCAUCCCUGUCAAGUCUUAAUGCCAGAGUGGAAAAGAAUGGCCCGGACAUUAACUGGACUGAUCAAUGUGGGCAGUAUGGAUUGCCAACAGUAUCAAUCUUUUUGUGCCCAAGAAAAUGUUCAAAGAUACCCUGAGAUAAGAUUUUUUCCUCAAAAAUCAAAUAAAGCUUAUCAGUAUCAUAGUUACAGUGGUUGGAAUAGAGAUGCAUACUCCCUAAGAAUUUGGGGUCUAGGAUUUUUACCUCAAGUGUCCAUAGAUUUAACACCUCAGACUUUCACUGAAAAAGUUUUACAUGGGAAGAAUCAUUGGGUGAUUGAUUUCUAUGCUCCUUGGUGUGGACCGUGCCAAAAUUUUGCUCCAGAGUUUGAGCUCUUGGCUAGGAUGACUAAAGGAAAAGUAAAAGCUGGGAAAGUAGACUGUCAGGCUUAUGCCCAAACAUGUCAGAAAGCUGGCAUCAGAGCUUAUCCAACUGUUAAGCUUUAUCAGUAUGACAGAACAAAGAAAAGUAUUAGAGAAGAGCAAAUAAAUGCCAGAGAUGCAAAAACAAUUGCUUCCUUCAUUGAUGGAAAGUUGGAAUCUCUCCAGAGUCAAGGAAAGAGAAAUAAGGAUGAACUUUGAUGAUGUUGAAGAAGAAAAAAUCAGAAAGAAAAUAAUCCAAACAGUAACAUCCAAGAAAGAACCUUUUGAGAAUGUUAACUACAUUUGUGGUGAAAAUAAAUGAACAUAUUUUGGGUUGUAAUUGCACUGCUCAAACUGCUCUGUACAACAUUGGUAAAAUGAAGAACCAGCAAAUGUAUUGUGUAAAGACAAGAUCUCAGAUGUUUUAGGCUUUGGUUGUUGUUUUUAAUGAUGUUAAUAAACUCAUUACAUUCUUAGCUCAGGGCCAUCAAAAAUGUUCCACAGGCCAAAUUCAGUCAGUGGGCCUACAUUGGUGAGCCCUGAAAUGAGUGUCUUGUGUGCCUGGCCCUAUAAAAAAUGUGGUCUGUGCUGUUUUUCUUUCAAACUACAUGAAGGGAUUUUUUUUUUUUUUACUUACAACUUUUCUAGCUGGCUUGAUUCAACCACCUAUUUGCAUAAGAAUUCUGUCUCUGACCGUAUACCUGAUUGAAACACAUUCACAAAGUGGUAAAACCCUGUUUUCAUACUAUAACAUAGUGAAGAAAUUCUUUGUUGUUUUUGGUGUUGGUAGUGAUGAUGUGCGUGUGUGUGUGUGUGUGUGUGUGUCUGUGUGUGUGUUUGUGUGUGUGCAGUACUGGGGCUUGAAGUUGUCC